AGGUUGAAGUGGGUGGGUCUCUAGUUUUGUCAAAUACCUUGCUAACAGAGCUACUUCCGGAAAAUGGCCAGCGGGACGAAAGUUGCUGCAGUGUUUCGGAGUGUUUUGAGGAGCUCCCAGGCUCUGAGAGGAGCUGCCUUGCGCCGCGCUGUGGCUCCUGGUGUGGCAGGAGCUUUUGCUGUAGGAGGUGGUCUACUCUGUUAUUACCGCUACCAUGCUAACAACAGGACUCUGCCCUUCUCCGUUCACGCCGAGGAGGAAAACGUGCAGGAAUCUUCUGCCCCUCAUACGUCUGCCAGGAGGCUGCGCUUCAUCAAGUUUGCCUCUGUGGUUUACGAAAAGGAGCCCUACAUGACACCCAGAGACUUUAUCUUUUCUGUCAUGCUGGAGAACGUGGACCGAAAGCUGCAGAAGAAAAUACUUACACCACAGGAAGUUGAUAAGAUGUUGGCCGCAGCUUCUAAAGCAAGGGCUGGUAAUGAUCUGUUCAGGACCCUAGGAGACAACGGUCUCAUAUCCUAUACUGAGUAUCUGUUCCUUCUCACCAUCCUUACCAAGCCUCGCACUGGAUUCCACAUAGCCUUCAAAAUGCUCGAUGUUGAUGGAAAUGAGCAAGUGGACAAAAAGGAGUUUCUCAAGCUGAAGAAAGUAAUCAGGAAAAGUAAAGUGAGAGUUCCCAAAGACAGCACUGAGAAACCAGCAGAAGAAGGAGAAGGAGUGAACACGACAUUACAGGCCUACUUCUUUGGGAGGAAAGGAAAAAAUAAGUUGCAAUAUAAAGAGUUCCGUCGAUUCAUGGAGGACCUGCAGGCUGAGGUGCAGGAAAUGGAGUUUCUGCGAUUUUCCAAAGGUAUGGACACUAUGCGAAGAGAAGACUUUGCAGAGUGGCUACUGCAUUAUACCAACGAAGAAGACAAUGAGGUGUACUGGGAAAACAUGAGGAAGAGGAUUCCAGCUGGACAGAGUAUCUCUUUUGAUGAGUUCAAAGUUUUCUGUCUUUUCACUAACAAUCUGGAGGAUUUUGCCUUCUCGAUGAAAAUGGUUUCUGAAGCCAAUCGACCUGUGGGAAUGGCACAGUUUAAGCGAGCUGUGAGGAUCGCCACAGGCCAUGAUCUGUCCGAGAACGUCUUGGACACUGUGUUUAAACUCUUUGAUCUUGAUGGAGACAACUGCCUGAGCCAUAGGGAAUUUAUUGCUGUGAUGAAAGACAGAGUACUGCGUGGGCUAAAGGUGCAGCCUCAGCACGGCUUCUCUGGCUACUGGAAGUGUGUGAAGCAGGAGACCCUGAAGGGAGCUCAGGAGGCUCUGCGGGACUCAGGUUGCCCCAUCUGAACCUGCAGCAGACGUCCAAUGGAUGAGCUGUCACAUCUUAGUGCCUUCCAAUCAAGAAGAUUAGUGUGAGGAUUAUUAUUAUUAUAACCAUGUGUAAAGAAACUAAGGAUUUAUACCACUGCCUUUCAUAUUUGUGUGUUUAUACAGAAGCAAUACUAUUGUCUAUAAGCGUGGGUUGUUAAGUAUUAUAUAUUUCUAAUCUUCCAUGUGAUAAUAUAUAUGACUUUUGCCGAUAGAGUACUAGCACUAGAGUAAGAAGUGUUUACAGAACUGGUUAACUGCAUUUUAGUGCUGAUUAUGUUCAUUCUGACACAUUUACAUGGAAUUGUGUAAAAAAAGUAAUAAAAUAAAAAGUCCCAGAAAUG